AUGGUUCAACGCCAUGGGGACCAGCCGUCUUUAGAAACAGAACGAGAGCCUCUUUUGAGGGACACUGCGCAGCCCAGCUCCGACUACCUCUAUCACGCCUAUCGCAGUAUUUCUGAGGAAGGUAUCUAUAAUCGAUUUAUCAAGCCAGUUCCCGAGGGAGAUGAGGAACAGAGUCUAGGAAGCGACGAAACCGAGUCGUUGAAGCAGAGCGCCCACGUGAAUGUCAUCAAGAUCAUAUCUGUCAUGCUGUUAGGCAUCUUCGUCGCACAGACAGAUACGUCCAUUCUCAUGGCAACACAUGCAAUUAUUGCGUCCGAGUUCAAGGCCUUAAAAGACUCUAGCUGGCUCAUUAUCAGUUUCUCUCUAGCUGGGGCGGCCACGCAGACUUUGUACGGCAAGUUAAGUGACAUCUAUGGGCGCAAGAGGAUGGUGAUAAUCGCGUAUACCAUGUUCAUGGUUGGCUGUGCGAUUGUCGGUAUGGGCCAGACAAUGUCGCAGGUCGUCCUGGGCCGAAUUGUAUCCGGUGCUGGAGCCUCUGGCAUGUCCGCACUCGUGUCCGUUCUCAUCACAGAUCUGCUUCCUCUGCGAGAAGUUGCUCAGUGGAGAGCGUAUGUCAAUCUCGUAGCUACCCUUGGCCGAAGCAUUGGCGGAUCUUUAGGAGGUUGCCUGGCAGAUGUCGUCGGAUGGCGAUGGUCGUUCCGCGUUCAAGUGCCACUCAUAACCCUCGCCAUCAUUCUUUGCUCAGCAUAUUUACCCAGCCACACCGGCACGCUAGACGAGACAGAUGACACCACCCAGUUGAAGAGCAAGUUCAGCCGUAUCGACUUCAAGGGCUCGUUCAUUUUCGCGGCCCUUGUGCUGGCCCUGCUUCUCCCCAUAGAGCUCGGCGGCGUCAAGAUCCCCUGGUCCCACCCGCUCAUUUUCGUCUAUCUCGGUGCCAGCGUUAUCCUUCUCGUCUUGUUCAUUGCAGUAGAAAGGCGACAGGCCGAGCCAAUCCUGCCGCUGGAGAUUUUCCACAGCAAAGACGCCAUCCUUUCGUUCUUGAUCCUGGGACUCCAAACCGCCGCCCAGUUGGGACUCAUGUUCACUGUCCCCCUCUACUUCCAAGUGACAUCCACGCCGCGGCCGUCCGCCACCGUCGCGGGCGCGCACCUCGUCCCUGCCGUUAUGGGCAACGCUAUCGGCGGCAUCAUCUCCGGUUCCGCCAUCAAGCGCUCAGGACGGUACAAGUCCCUCGUCAUUUGGGCCGUGACCUGCUCCUCCAUCGGCUAUCUUCUCCUAAUGCUGAGGUGGCACGGCAACACCAACUCUUGGUUCGAAUCGCUGUAUAUCUUCCCCGGAGGCUUUGGCAUGGGGGUCACGAACAGCGCGCUGUUCAUUUCGCUUCAGGUGGUCAUUGACCCGGCUCACAUGGCGCCUGCUGUGUCGUUCAUGUAUUUAAUGCAAACGGUAUGGAUGACGAUUGGGUUGCCGGCUGCGAACACGAUUAUGCAGACCGUGCUUCGAAGAAACCUUGAGAUUCGGCUGUUGAAGCUAGGAUAUGACAACGUUGAGGUAGCCAAGGUUUGUGCCCUGACCCUGUGCUUGUCGCUAUGUCUUUCGCUGUGCGGAAUGGCUCAAGGCUAA